AAUAAAAACAAAGUUGGCAUUCUACCUCACAUUUUCCUUCGUCUUCUAGCUCCAGCGCUUCCAUCAGCAAUUCAACUGAUACUCGUUUGCUUGCGGAUGCAGAUCCCAUUUCUGCUCUUCCACUCAAUCCAAGAGCCCUAGAUCGUCUUCUCUCUGCGUCUUCCAACCCUCGAAUUCUCCCUCGUUCUCGGAAACCUCGCCAGCAGAAAUGGGGACCAUGAAUGCCGCUUCCGUGGAGAUAUCGGAGCCCUUGCUGGUGGGGUCUCGGCAGGUCGAGUCCGGGGCGUCGGAGGAGAUGGGGGUCCCCGAGUGGAAGGACCAGAUCACGAUCCGAGGGCUGCUCGUCAGCGCCGUACUGGGGGUUCUCUUCUGCAUCAUCACCCACAAGCUCAACCUCACCGUCGGCAUCAUCCCUUCGCUGAAUGUCGCCGCCGGGUUGCUCGGGUUCUUCUUCGUGAAGUCGUGGACGGGGUUUGCGUCGAAGUUAGGAUUCUCUAUUCGGCCGUUCACGAGACAGGAGAAUACCGUCAUUCAGACCUGCGUCGUCGCUUGCUAUGGCCUCGCGUUUAGCGGGGGAUUUGGUUCAUAUUUACUUGCAAUGAAUGAGAGAACAUACCAACUUAUAGGAACUGAUUACUCUGGUAACCGGGCAGAAGAUGUUAAAAACCCAGCCUUGGGUUGGAUGAUCGGUUUCUUGUUUGUUGUCAGUUUUCUUGGGCUUUUUAGUCUUGUUCCACUUCGUAAGAUUAUGGUCAUGGAUAAUAAGCUUACAUACCCCAGUGGGACAGCUACUGCAAUGUUGAUAAAUAGCUUUCACACAAAUACAGGAGCAGAGUUGGCAGGUAAACAAGUCAGUUGCCUUGGGAAAUAUUUAAGCAUAAGCUUAUGCUGGAGCUGCUUUAAGUGGUUUUUCAGUGGUAUUGGGGAUUCAUGUGGUUUUGAUAACUUUCCCAGCUUUGGUUUAACAUUAUUCAAGAACACAUUUUAUUUUGACUUCGGUCCAACUUACAUUGGAUGUGGUCUUAUCUGCCCCCAUAUAGUCAACUGCUCUGUUCUUCUAGGGGCAAUCAUCUCAUGGGGUUUCCUCUGGCCUUUCAUUUCCAAACAUGCUGGGGAUUGGUUUCCAGCUGACAUUGGCAGUAAUGAUUUUAAAGGCCUUUAUGGAUAUAAGGUUUUCAUAGCUAUUGCCCUUAUUCUUGGAGAUGGUCUAUAUAAUUUAAUCAAGAUAAUAGCUAUUACUGCAAAGGAAAUGAGCAACAAGAGCACUGAAGGAGAAAAGCUUCCAAUCAUUAAAGACAUCGUAGAUGGUGAGGGUUCACAAGCACUCACAGAGGAAAAGAAAAGGGACAAGAUAUUCUUGAAAGACAGUAUACCUUCCUGGCUUGCAGCUUCCGGUUACAUAGGCCUUGCUGCAGUAUCCACAACAACAUUACCAAUUCUCUUCCCUCCCCUCAAGUGGUAUCUUGUUCUCAGUUCAUACAUUAUCGCCCCUGCCCUUGCCUUCUGCAACUCCUACGGCACAGGUCUCACCGACUGGAAUUUAACUUCAACCUACGGAAAAAUUGGUCUCUUCAUCAUCGCUUCGAUGGUUGGAAACAAUGGAGGGGUCAUUGCUGGGUUGGCUGCUUGCGGGGUUAUGAUGACCAUUGUCUCCACUGCAGCUGAUCUCAUGCAGGACUUCAAGACCGGUUACCUCACCCUAUCUUCGGCCAGGUCCAUGUUUGUGAGCCAGCUAAUAGGGACAGCAAUGGGUUGUAUUAUUGCCCCACUCACAUUCUGGUUGUUUUGGACUGCUUUUGAUAUUGGUUCCCCCGAUGGUCCAUACAAGGCGCCAAAUGCUGUUAUAUUCCGGGAAAUGGCCAUUCUGGGAAUCGAGGGUUUCUCCGAGCUGCCGAAGCACUGCAUGGCCUUAUGUUGCGGGUUCUUUCUUGCAGCCGUUGCUAUGAACCUCCUGAGGGAUGUUACCCCUGGUAAUAUAUCAAAAUUUAUUCCGAUUCCAAUGGCAAUGGCAGUACCUUUCUAUAUUGGAGCUUAUUUUGCAAUUGACAUGUUCGUUGGGACGGUGAUCUUGUACAUAUGGGAGCGAUUGAAUCGCAAAGAUGCAGAGGAUUAUGCAGGGGCAGUGGCUUCCGGUUUAAUAUGCGGUGACGGGAUUUGGACAAUACCCUCGGCUGUCCUCUCCAUUUUCAGGAUAAAUCCACCUAUCUGUAUGUACUUUGGCCCUUCACUGAGUAGCUGAGCAGAAAAACCAUAAGCUGCGUCACAAUUAUUUGUUCUUUUGUACCAAACUGGCUGCUGAUUGGAAGUGACUGUACAUAUGUGUCCAUGGUUGGUGGUGUCUUCAAUCUUGUAUAUCUUGAUUAUGGGUUUGUAAAGUCUCUCUCUCACUCUUGCCCCCCCACCUUUCUCUUGAUUGUUCUCAUGAUUUGUUCAUUUUCUAUUCAUCAUUGUCAUAGAAUUUUAAACUAGUUGGCUCUCUCAAUUUGGGGAUUAUGGGUUGGAGUUGUUAUCAAUGGACAUCUUGUGGAUCUCA